CAAGGACUCCCUGAUCCUACAGGGCCAUGUGACCCUGGUUACUUCUGUGCUUCUGGGUCAGAUAGUGCCACACCCUCCCUUGGUGCAAGUGCUGAUGAGUGCCCCACAGGUCAUUAUUGCCCCCAACAGUCCUCUGCCCCACUAGCAUGUCCCCCAGGGACAUACAACAGUGCUACUCGGAGGACAUCUAUGGGAGACUGUCAAAACUGCACUGGUGGGAAUUACUGUCCAGAGUGGAAUAUGACUGCAGUAGGUUCACCCUGCGAUGCUGGCUACUACUGCGAGAGUGGGGCAGAUGUUGCCACAUACACUGAGUGUACUCCUGGGUCUUACUGUCCAAAGGGGAGCACACUCCCUACACCAUGCCCUGCUGGGACAUUUUCUAAUACGGCUGGCUUACAGGAGGAGGCUCAAUGCACUAACUGUACUGGAGGAUAUUACUGUCCUGAUACAGGUAUGACAGCAGCUGUGGAUGAAUGCUGGGGAGGCUACUACUGCCCUAGUGGUAUAGAUGUCCCUAAUCCCGCU